AGACAGAGACAGAGACAGACAGAGAGAGAGAGACAGAGACAGAGAGAGAGAGAGAGACGGUUUCCUCUCCUGUCAGCGCUUUCAGCGAGCUCUAAUUAGAGGGAAGACAAUGAACAGAGCCGGACGGUGACCGGUGCUGGCAGAGGGCUGCUGGGGUCGGGACGACGAAUCGGGUGCCAUGCUAUUGCAGAUGGGACAGCGACCGAGACGAGGAUUUGUGAAAUGAAAACCUUCUGUGAUUUAAUGCAAACUGUAUGUAAGCAUGUUCUUCACACUCUGUGCCUUUGGGAUAAAGGCAAAGAGUUUGCUCUUUCACAAGCUCUGGCGAACGCAGGAGUCAGACGCGUCCACGCCAACCACGGCACGAUGUCCGUGACGUUCUGUGGCGUCUCUGUAGAACACGCAGGACGUGAUGAUGAAAGCAGAGCCAUGGACCUUCAACAGGACAGACUGUCACCAUGUCUGCCGAAUUUGUGCAGAAGCAAAGAAGUAUUGCUGGUACUUUGAAGGCGGAUACCCGAUCUACUUCAUAUGUCGCUCCUACGAGGACUGCUGCGGGACGCGCUGCUGUGUGAGAGCCCUGUCCAUCCAGCGACUAUGGUACUUCUGGGUGCUGCUGAUGAUGGGAGUGCUGUUCUGCUGCGGCGCCGGGUUCUUCAUCCGCAGACGGAUGUACCCGUCCCCUCUGAGAGACGAGCCGGCGUUCAACGUCUCCUUCACCAGGCACCCCGUCACCUCACCAGUUUCCCAGCAGCCGGGGAGUAUGCAGGGCUUCGGGGUCAACGGCAUGACGGGUGGUGACCCCGGGGUCACCAUGACACUCCCGGCGUACGCCGCACAGCCCGGCUCCGCCCAUAUGAUGCUGGCCUCCUACCCUCCGCCUCCGUCCUACUGCAACCACCCGCCGCCGUCCUACGAACAAAUAUUUCAGAACAGCGACAAGAAGUAACGUCUGCAAUCCGCCGAGGAGAUCGAACUGAACAUGACAAAAUCAAACGGCGACGGAAAUCAUGAAGAGGAUAAGCCUGUUUGCAACUGAACAGUUUUUUUUGGGAGGAUGGGAAACUUGGAAAACACAAUCUGAUGUUCUGUGACAAAAGACCAAAAGGCCCAAGUGACCAGAAUCUAGAUGCAGAAACACACACACACACACACACACACACACACACACACACACACACACACACACACACACACACACACACACACACACACACACACACACACACACACACACACACACACACACACACACACACACACACACACACACACACACACACACACACACACACACUGCUUCAUCUGAAGUGAUUCAUUUACUCGUGACUUAUGUGGAUCUGCGUGUACAGUGACCGCGUCGGCCUCGUUGAUCUGUCGACGAGUCAAGACAGGUCAAGAGGUCAAGAUUUUGGAUUUACUCACUCCCGUCACCCUCCCCGUGCAACUACAGCUAUGACUGUGCAACAAAAAAAAAAAAAAAAAGAUCUGUCAAACUCACAAUGCAUUAAAAUGUUGGAUAUAUGAUUUUAUUUCACGGUACUUCGAUAUUCAUUGCAAACGGUUCUUAAAACCUGUUUCUUCCGCGCAUGACACUGACUUAUUUUCUUAGCCAGCAUUUUACAGCAAGCCUGGGCUUUUUACUAAAACAUGAGUUCUUGAUGCAUUUUUUAUUACAGUAUAGCGUAUGUCAGGUUAGGUAAUGACACAAUCAGCCUCUACAGCCCAGUCACCGGCCCAGUCUCCCGUUAGCAGCGAUGAAUAAGGCUUUUAGUUGCCCCGCGAGACGACUCGGACGUGGACACGGGUGAUGAUGGCACAGUAUGCCAUCAUCGCAGUGUCAUACGUGCCAAGUCUCGGCGGCCGCAUAUUAAAACCGUUACCCGUCGGCACGUACCGAUUCCCGCCACCGGAGCUGCGCUGAUGUGUGCCACGGCACGACUUAACUCUUCAACAGUGUCGCUGUAUCAUCGGCUAUCUGCAGCUGCGCGUUAAUCCUUCACGUCGAGCAUGAACGUCAAGCAAAGUUCCGUCCUUGGGUCAAAAGCUAGCCGUAUGCUGUUAUCUGGACUCGGAGCGUUACUGCAUGAUGGUCGCACCUCUCCGCUCGCCAGUGUAGCGGUGAAGACAUUUGACAUUAGAAUGGCGACAAGUCAACGCCAACAUUUGGGUCCACUGGUGCGAGCAGUAAAAUUUGCACUGUUGUAUUUCAAUUUGCCGUUCGUAACAGUAUCUCCAUUUGAGUUUCACUCUGACCAACAAAUGUUUAAUCAUCUUAACAGUGGUGAACUUUGAGUUUUUUUACCGGAUAGCUGGUUUGUGCAAAAUGUAGGAAGCUCGCUCACAGCUAACCGCCUACACUUUUAUUUAAACCUCCUCUGUCGGAGUAAAAGCUUCUGCCACUGCAUACGUUUGUAGACGGCUGAGUGUCAAUGGUAUUAACACGUAUUUUACGACUUAAAGAGACCAGGACACAAUUAUCCACCACACACAAGGACCAGUGAACCCUGUACACACACCAACAUAUGAACACACACACACACACACACGUUGUUUUACAUGUGACAUUAUCCUCAUGCAAAUAACAUUCAUGGCGAGAUAUAAUGCAAGAGAAUUAGUCACGACGGAAAAAUGCAGGAUUUUUGCCAAAUCUCCCAACGCACGAGAAUGGAAAUGGAUAUAAGAGCCAAAAUGACGAUGUAACCGAUCAAUCUUAUGAAAAGUGAAAUCUAGUUUGACUGUCUCAUCAGAAUAAAUUCAGAUCAAAAGCUUCCCUUUUGUCAAACAAACUAGGACAUGAAUGAGAAUUUAAUUUGAAUUUACCAGCGCUCACUCGAGGUUCCUCAUCGCUCGUCCUGGGAACUUAUUGUUGCGCUGCGCGUUUGUAAAAAAAAAAAAAAAAAAGUUUACGUUUAAGUUCCAGUGCGGACGGAGUGACGUGUGUUUAGUCCGCUGAGGAACACAACGACUGAUCCGGCGGAGUGAUGUGUGACUUUUUUUCUUUUGGACUUUUGUGCCGCAAUACACACUUUGACGAUGUCGUGGUAGUUUCAAGAGGUGGCCGAGCUCGUUCCGUAGCAUUUAGCUUUGUCCUCGCCGCCAUCCCGACGACACUGCUCACACUGAAAAACCAGCCUUAUCCAGGAAUCUUAGCGAGGCGUCACACUUUUUCUUUUUCUUUUUUUACAGUGCAUCAGGUCAUUCACGAAUCACGGUUGAUGUGUGGAAUGCAUUUAAACUCCACUUCCAUUCACAUUAUGGCAUUAUGAUUCUUUAACUAUGUGUGAUUUAGACAAAAAAUUGUAAAUAUGUUUUGAAAAUUGAGGAAUGCGACACGUUCCCUGACGUCACGAGUACAUGCCGCACAAAAUGUGUUGGAACAAAUCUGUUUGGUUCUUGCAUGAGGCCUGUUCCUACCUGUUCCUUGAUGCAGAGAGCGAAGACUCUUCCGUUAUUGUAAUGUAAUUACAUCUGGUGGCCAUAACAGGCUCCACAGUGUCUGGGCCACAGGCUGUCGACGGCUCCGUCUAAAAAACAAAAAGAAGGAAUUAACGGUCUCAACAGACCUCCCGAGUCGUGGUUCAGUUGAUAUCAUUUUGAGGGAAGUGAACAUUAAAUGACUUGCAUGAGGAUGAGUAUGUUCUCUGAGACAUUUUUUUUGUUUUGUUAUUUCUUACAUAAGUUGACAUUUUUGACCUGAUGGUGUGCCAUGUAAGGAAGACCAAUUCUGCCAAAAUUUAAAAAAAACAACUACUUUAAUAGAGAAUUCAAACUUUAAUUUAUACAAAAUCAGUAUUUGUUUUCAUUGAUGUCACUUGGUAUCUCAUAGUCAGAAUUAUUGUAUCCUAUAGUUAUGAGAAACAUCUUUUUAUCACCAUUUAGUUUACUGUCACUUAAUUAUGGAAGUUUCUCAUAGCUGUAAAUCCCUUUUUAUGAGAUACCAAAUGUUAAGAUACUUUUUACGAUAUGGUAUAACUUUGACUCAGUGUGUCAUAAUUCUGACUUAGAGUCCCAUUAAAGUGAAAUAUCUUCAUAAUGAUUUUUUUUAUUAAUAAAAACAUUCUGGUGAAUUUUCUUCAAGCGGCAGAAGUGAGCUUCCAUUGGCUGAAGGGGGAAAACAAGGAAUCACCUUAACCGGGAAUAUCAGUGGCAAAUUUAAGUUUUUCUAAGUUUUUUUAUUUAAAGAAUUACACCUAAUUUUCAGCAGAUUGUCAAAGAUAGUUACCGUCCCUCCAUCUCUUAAACUGUCAGGCACUACAUCCAGUCUUGUGUACACAUACUGUAUGGUCCUUUGUCCUGACAGGUUGUUGUACAUAUAUUUAAAUCAUAGCCCAUCCUUCAGUGGAAUCCCCUUGUGGCACCGGAUAUGGUUGUAAAAGCUUUUUAGCUGUUGCCAAUUUUCAGUUUUAAUAUUGUUAAUUGGCAUUUUGGAGAUUGAUUCAUGCCUUGGUCCGUCCUGCACUCCGUUGUGCUGACGUUUUACAGCCAAACAACAUCUGUAGAGAAACACACCUCUGGUUUCUGCACUUCAGGAAACCGGUAGCAGGUUUUAGAAAUAGUCCGGGGCCCCCAUACAGCAUCAGUUUCUCUCGGUCUUAGCCUGUUUGAUAUUAGAAUUUUCAUAGCACAAUAUUGAAAAAAAACAUAUUCUGUUCCAUCAUGUCAAACUAUGCAACAGAUUCUAUAAUUGGAAAAGCAUCUUGACCCUGUGUUCACUCUCCUUUUCAUCUGCUUUUGAGCAUUUAAAUUUAAAAAUACCAUUAUACACUGUGAAAUAUGUAAAUAAACUUCACUUCUGAUAAAAUGA